UUUGCUCUCUUAUCCUCCAGAACUUCACAACUAUCUUCAAAUUGUUAUCUCCAACUCCAAGCUUCAGUGGACAAUUGCAAAUCCUGCAUAAUUAGAACUCAUGUUCACAUAUUGAACUGAAUUACGAUGGCAUCUUGCCCAACUCCCAUCUCUGCACUUUCUUCCACCAACCCAACACUGCCCAAAAGACCUUCUUCACCUUUCACCACUGCAAAGCCAAAAGGCAUUCCCAAAGAACUCUUCUUUAACCAUGACAGUUCAGCCACAAAGAAGCUUCUGGCAGGGGUGAGCAUGGUGGCAGAGCUGGUUGGGGUUACAUUGGGACCAAAGGGAAGGAAUGUGGUGCUGCAGAAUAAGUAUGGACCUCCCAAAAUUGUUAAUGAUGGUGAAACUGUCCUCAAAGAGAUCGAAUUGGAGGACUCUGUGGAGAAUGUCGGAGUUAAACUGGUGAGGCAAGCUGGUGCAAAAACAAAUGACCUGGCCGGAGAUGGUUCCACUACCGCUGUAAUUCUUGCUCAUGGUUUGAUUACUGAAGGUGUGAAGGUUACUGCAGCUGGCAUGAAUCCCAUUCAAAUUGCUCGUGGGAUAGAAAAGACUGCAGUGGCCCUCGUGUCUGAACUCAAAUUGAUGUCUAGAGAGAUUGAGGAUCACGAACUCGCAGAUAUUGCUGCAGUUAGUGCAGGAAAUGAUUAUACAGUGGGGAACAUGAUUUACAAUGCUAUUUGUCAAGUUGGAAAGAAAGGCGUAGUUUCAAUUGAAAAAGGGAAGUCUACGGAGAACAAUCUUCAAAUUGUUGAAGGCAUGCAGUUUGAUCGUGGAUACUUAUCGCCUUACUUUGUCACUGAUCGACAAAAAAUGAUAGUGGAGUUUCAAGAGUGUAAGGUAAUAACUGUGGUUAUAUAUGCUGACAUGUUUACCUAUGAAGUAACUAGAGGCCUUGAAUUUUUUUGGUUGCAGUUGCUUUUGGUUGACAAAAAAAUUACACACCCGGAGGAGCUGUUUAAGAUAUUGGACAAUGCGGUGAAAGAAAAGUAUCCAGUUGUGAUAGUUGCUGAGGGGAUUGAGCAGGAAGCUUUAACACCAAUAAUAAGAAACAAGCUCAGAGGUGCACUGAAGGCAGUUGCCAUUAAAGCACCUGCCUUUGGUGAGCGCAAAAGCCACUACUUAGAUGACAUUGCCAUUUUAACUGGAGCAACAGUAGUAAGAGAUGAGAUGGGAAUGAUCUUACAUAAGACUGGACCCGAGGUAUUGGGAACUGCUACUAAGGUUGUGAUAACUAAGGACUCUACACUAAUAGUUACCGAUGGAAGCACUCGAGAAUCUGUCGACAAGAGGGUUUCUCAGAUACAAAGGCUUGUUGAGAACACUGAAGAAGCAUUUCAAAAGAAGAUAUUAAAUGAAAGAAUAGGAAGAUUAUCAGGGGGGAUUGCUAUUCUGCAGGUAGGUGCACAAACACAAGUUGAGUUGAAGGAUAAACAACUAAGAAUUGAAGAUGCUCUGAAUGCAACCAAGGCAGCAAUUGAGGAAGGUGUUGUAGUUGGUGGUGGCUGCUGCCUUUUGAGGCUCUCUAAGAAGGUGGCUGCCAUCAAAGAACUUUUGGAUAAUGAAGAACAGAAGAUUGGAGCAGAAAUCUUCAAGAAAGCUCUAAGCUAUCCUGCAAAAAUGAUAGCUAAAAAUGCAGGUGUAAAUGGCAGUGUUGUAGUAGAGAAGGUUCUAUCAAAUGCUGAAUUGGGUUAUGGAUAUAAUGCUGCAACAGACUGUUAUGAGGACCUAAUGAAAGCUGGGAUUAUGGAUCCAACAAAGGUAGUUAGAUGUUGUUUGGAGCAUGCAGCAUCAGUCGCGAAAACUUUUCUGUUGUCUGAUGCUGUAGUAGUCGAGAUAAAGGAAUCGAAUCCCAUCCCAACAAGAAUGCAAAGGCGAAGGCGAAAGCCACCACUCCCCCCUAUGCCCCAAAUGCCACAAACGCCACAAAUGCCACAAAUGCCGCCAAUAUCAUCCAUGCCGUCAAUGCCACCAAUGUCCAUGCCAACCUCAGGUAGUGCUCGGGCAUUUGGUUCCAAGUAUGGCAGAUGAAACUCAAUGACUAAUGAUUCAGCCCGGAUUGAUUCAACAAACUCGGCUUCUAUUCUCCCUGACCAAAGUGGAAGGGGGCAGUCAUGAAACGCAUACAAUUCAGCACCUUCAGAUCAAGCGCAUUGGUUUCAAAACCACAUCAACUAAAGUCUGCAUUUGGAGAAAGAAAGAUCAAAGCUAUUACUCUGAUGCAGCAACAAAAAAGUAUUUGCCCACUGUCAAGAUCAUAGGAUUUCUUAUUGUCCACAAUGUAACUAUCUGAGGGAUAAAAUCAGAUAUGUAACAGAACUAUUUCUUAUCACAGUAAAAUCUCUCAUACCUUCCCAUA